AUGGUUUUGCCUGCCUCGCAUGCUGUCCCAGUAUAUCUUCGAGCACCUUCUGGGAGAACUGCGCUGUACUAUGUCCCCCAGCCUGAAGAGGAGAGCUUGCAGGCUCAAGAGGCCAAGCAGCUGAUGCAAGACCGAAGCAGGCCAGAGACUCAUCUCAAUGUGGGCGAUGCUGUUUACAGACAAGGACAGCUUGCGUCUGUAGUGGCGGUGGACCACAGCCUUAGUCCACCUAGCUACGUGGUGCGCAUGGCUCAAAGCGGUGAAGAGGUCAACUGCGAGCUGAACAACCUAGUCAUACUCAAUGGGCUGAACAUGCUGCAGGACCAAUUGUGGAACCCAGAGGUGCAACAACCAGACCUACAAGGUCGAGUGUUGGAGGAGCAGGCGUGGAAGAUGCAGAUGGAGCUUCAAGAUGGACACGACUUACAAGGCACCGGCGGCUCAAAGAAUUACGCUUUGCAAGCUGUGACAGAAGCGCUGGACCGAGCCGAGGUGUCCUUCAGUGGCUGUGGGAAUGUCCAGGAGUUUGAAGGGCGUGACUGGAAGAGCAGCCUGCAAGCAAGCCGUGACAACAGGGCACCUGCGUCUUACGUGAGCAACGCGCUGAUUGAGGACCAAUUGUGGAACCCACAGGUGCAACAACCAGACCUGCAAGGUCGAGCGUUGGAGGAGCGGGCGUGGAAGAUGCAGAUGCAGUUCCAAGAUGGACACGACUUACAAGGCACCGGCGGCUCAAAGAAUUAUGCUUUGCAAGCUGUGACAGAAGCCCUGGACCGAGCCGAGGUGUCCUUCAGCGGCUUUGGGAACGUUCAGGACUUUGAAGUGCACGACCCCAAAAGCGGCCUGCAAGCAAGCCGUGACAGGGUGCCUGCACCUCACAUGGGGAACGCACUGAUUGAGGAGACCUUGGCAGGUUUCGCUAAGUCGACCCGGGUUUUGCCCACCGAUGAUGUAGAGGCCAUUCCUGGUUGCAUGGAUGCAAGGUCCAGUAGAGACCACAUGGCGAUUACGUUGGUGAAGGAGGAUGAACGCAUGGGCGAGAAUCGGAGCAUGCAGUUUAGGGCUCCUUCUAACCUUGGCCGAAAUGGGACCAUCAGUUUUCAGCCUGCAAGCCUCAUCGAGUUUGACAACAUCUCUCCGGUGUCAGAUGAGGCCCAGCGGCAAGGAGAGGAGCGCAUGGUUCGUGGUAGCACGGAUGCAAAUGUGCCCUCGGCGUUCGAACCCUCCCUGCAAGCGGACCUCGCGCAUCACAUCGUAGAAGACGCAGUGAAAGACAACGAGUUGCUCCGCAACACCUUGCGCAACCUGGCUCUACACGGGCUUAUUGAGGACGCACUUCCGCAGAUGCCACUCCCUGAUUGCGAGCAGAUGGUGCAGGACUUCCCCCUCGCGCAUGAAGAAGCACACGAGCACUGCAUGAAGAAGGCCCCCAUUCCCGUUGACGAGCGCCCCGAAAGCAAAGAGGAGGUCCAGCACAACUAUUUGUUGGAUUUUGUCCUUCAAACUGACCGCCUGGGCCCUGGGCGUGCAACGAUGCCUGACUUUGCUAGGGUUUCCAGGAAAGUGGGACAAGGAAGCUGCGGCGCCGAAAAGAUCAGGAAGCUAGCACCACGAAAGGUGCCCAAGUUGCCACGGCACAGUCGAGACCACUUGGUGGAUUUGGUGUUGGCUGGCCCCGGCAACACAACGCCAAACUUUGCUCCUCGUGGUCUCCAACGCGGUUCCACCCUGCCCACCCAGCACCCUUGGAGGACAGGAGCAUUGAACACACCGAAGGAAGGUGGCCCCACGUCGGCAAGGGGGAAAGGUGCAGCCCACAACGUUGCCACCCGUGUCCAAGAAAAUGUACAAUUGGCAAUGAGCUUGAGCUGGCUAUGCUAA